AUGUCCGAUAUUAAGAUGGAAGGCCAAGAGCCCGUCGCUGCAGCUCCAGCUAUUACUAACGAGCAAGUGAAGACCGAACCUGAAACUGCUGCCGCACCACCAAUUGAGUUGGAAAGCACAUCAGCUACCGAGCCAGAAGGGAAGGAAGAGAAGAUGAAAGAUGCUGAGAUUGAAACUGAAGUCAAGGAAGAGAAGAUGGAAAACGCCGAGGUUGAGACCGAAGUCAAGGAAGAGAAAACCGACUCCAAAAUCAAGCCAGAAAUUAAGGAAGAGAAAGUAGAGGUGGCCAAUGGUGAUGUCAAGAAGGAUGUGAAGAAGAAGUUCAACUAUGACGAGCCAAGAUUUUACGACAACGGGGUUUUGAAAACAAAUGCCAAUGAGAUUUAUGGACAGAACAACAGCAAAUACGAUGCUUCAGUCCUUCCUCCAUCUGAGGAUGGAGGGUUGAUUCGCCGACAGGUCGAAUUCUACUUUGGUGAUUCUAAUUUGCCAACUGAUACUUUCUUGAUGAAGGAAACGGGAGGCGCAGAGAACAAGCCUGUCUCUAUUGCAACUAUUCACGCCUUCAAACGUAUGCAGAGAUUCCAGCCAUAUUCUUUGGUCGUCAAUGCGCUCAAGGAGAGCAAAUUCCUUAUUGUGGAAGGAGAAGAAGGAAAAGAGACUGUUAAGCGCAAGAAGGCAUUCGACCCAUCCGCGAAAUCACCAAAACGCGACGCACGAUCAGUCUACAUCAAGGGAUUCGGGGAUGAAGAGCCAAGCUCUCAAUUCGAUAUCGAGGCUUUUGUUGCCCCAUACGGUGAGGUCAACUCCGUUCGUCUUCGCCGUACGGAGGAGAAGCUCUUCAAGGGAUCCGCUUUUAUCGAAUUUGGGGAUGAAGAAACUGCUCAAAAAUUCCUCGCUCUUGACCCAAAACCACAGUGGAAGGGAAAACACACAUUGGAGAUCAAAUCCAAGACUCAAUACAUAGAAGAAAAGAACGAAGAGAUUCGAAAUGGUACUUUAGUUCCAGCUCAGCAUCGAGGACGUAAUGGAUUCAGAGGCCGUGGCCGCGGUGGUCGUGGAGGUAAGGAUUUCGUCAAGAGAGAGCGUGAUGGGGAUCGUGAUGGAGACCGUGAUCCAAAUGACUGGAAGAAGAGACGUGAAAACGACAGAGAGAAUGGUUUCCGAGGUGGUCGUGGUGGUGGUCGUAAUCAGCGUGGCGGAAGAGGAAAUGGCAGACACAAUGACAAGAAGGGUGGUCGCAAUGAUCGUGGUCCAAGAACCAACGAUCGCAACAAGGAGCGCGAUGACAAGAACGGUGAUGACAAAGAAAAGGAAGUCAAAUUGGAAAAAUCUACAGAAUCUGCCGUUGAGCCAUUCACAAACGAGAAGAAGAGAGCAAGAGAAGAUGACGGAGGAAACGAGGAACACCAAAACAAGAAGGUUAAUACUCAAUCUGAAGUUACAGCUAAAGCCUAA